AUGUUUUGGGGAUUGGGUGGUGGUGAGAAAUCUGGUACUCCAAGUCAUACGAAAGCAUUCGACUGGUCGUCUCAAUAUAAUGAGAUUGCAACGGUUCCAACCAUACCAUUUGCAUCUUCGUACGUUCUGUCAAAACAACGGCGCGAUGAAUUGUUGUUAGCCGCUCGUUCGAAUCGCGUGUCUUGGAUUGAUGGCGUCGAGAACUGCACUCCUAGGAUACUUCCAGUCGUUCAUUCUACGGAGUUUUCACACACUCUAGUCUCGUCUAGACUUCCUAUUCAUUGCCGUGAAGCUCUUGAAGGUGUUAAUAUUGAGUUGUCGAAAUUCUUGACGUCUCUAGAAGCGCUCAAACGUCAAAUUUUAGUCCACGACAUGCACUUGAUCAAAGACACGUCAGAAGCACAUGACACAGCACAGAAAUGUACGAAGAAAUAUCAUACACUGUUCCAAGAGCUACAGGAGCAGGAACCAUUGCUGAAUCUGUGGCAACGCUCUCACACGCCAUGGACGAGAAAGUUGACAGGACAUGACCGGGAGAUGGCGUUUUUACUGGGAUUUCGGGAGCUUCUGGCGUUACUGAAGAAUGCACAGGCAGCAGAGUUAGUGUAUCGUAUCCAGUCAUUUGUAUCGAAAGUGGAACUAUGGGAUCUUCCUCAGAUGUUGAAAGCUGUUGCGACUAAAGAUCGACCGGGUGGGAAGAUUCAAGACUUUAUCAAGAAACUUAUCGAGCAGAUCAAGCAUAGUAAGACAUUGAGACUAUUGCUGCAAGGAAGUACAGAGGAUAGUGAAACACAAGACGAACAAGACCAUUACUUGCAUGUCCGUGAUGCCUCUGGACUUGAUAUGCUGCAUGAAGUACUGGAAGCAUUCCUUAUGGAAAAAGUAUAUGUCAAGACACUCACUCCAUCACUCCAAGUGGCUAAACAGGAUGAUGCAUUUCAUGAUUAUCUGAGUUUACUGGACUUUAUCACAUUCGAGCAUCUCGAUUUGCCUGUGCCACAAUCGCACGAGCACAAACAAACGUGGCUCCGUCUUGCACGACAAUUGGAAGCCAUGACUUUAUGUCCAAGUCCUCGACGUAAAAUGGAUGGUGUCUUACGUGUGUGUCAGGAUUUGACCAUGUUUUUGAAAUCGCAGAAUGGCGGUCGAUUUCCAUCGGCAGACGAGUUUUUACCAGCACUGAUCUUUAUAGUUUUACGCGCGAAUCCGUGUGAACUCAAGCGGAAUGUGGCAUUUAUCUUGGAAUACCGAAAUCCCACGAAACUCGUAUCGGAACCAGGCUAUUUCUUCACUCAUUUGAUAUCAAGUGUCGCUUUUCUCGAACAAGUUGAUUGUUCACGACUUACAAUAUCUGCUGAAGAAUUUGAAAAAGGACUGGAUGAGAAUAAAGCCAAGAAUAAGAGUCGGUGA